GCGGUGCAGAGAGAGAGAGAGAGAGAGAAAGAGAGGUAAGGGGAGGGUACAGAGAGGGAACGGGAGACUGUGUGACUCAGCCCUGCUAUAAGAGCUAUACCAGCAGGGGAGUGGGGAUGGAACAAUACCUUGUUGACAAGCAGGAAAGCAGGUCGAGUCCCGCUCACAGCACAAGCCAAGCUCGCUCGCGCCGGGAGCCUGCCAGACACAAUGGCGUGUGUGGCUGAGCAGUAGCGGUGCGUGAGAGCACGUGAGUGUGUGUGCGCGUGUGUGUGUGUGUGUGUCAGAGUGAGGAGGGAUGGAGAAGCCGAGAGCGUCAAUGUCAGGGUCUACCGGGGUAGGCAGCAGUCGGGCCACCAGCGGCUGGAGGUCGCUGCUCCUCCCCCAGCUGAACCGCCAGUCCCUGUACGUGUACGGCAGCGAGGUGGCCGUGGAGAAGGAAUGCAUCCGCCAACUGCAGAGUGGAGUACUCGUCAUACACCCCUUCAGCCUCUUAAGGAGCUACUACAUCAUGUGCAUGAUGGCCAUCACGUUCCUGAACCUGAUUGGCAUCCCCAUGGAGAUCGCCUUCCUGGACGGGGUGAACGGCCUGGGCUGGGAGGGCUUCAACGUCUUCUCCGACACGCUGUUCCUCAUCGACGUGGCGCUGAACUUCCGGAUGGGCAUCAUACCCGAGGACAGCGAGGUAGCCAUCCUGGAUGUAAAGCAGAUCCGCGUGAGCUAUCUGAGGAGCUGGUUCCUACUAGAUGUCAUCGCAGCCUUCCCCAUCGGCUACAUCCUCUUCUUCGCGGACCUGCAGUACCACAGCCAGGACAACCCUUCCAAGACCAACAGGAUGAUGAGAAUCCUCAUGUUCGUCCGGAUCCUGAGCCUCAUUCGCCUGGUGCGCGUGUCUCGACUCGUGCGCUUCUUCAACGAGGUGGAGAAAGUCUCCAACGCCAACCUGGAGGUGGUGCGGCUCUUCUUCCGCAUCCUCUCCCUGUUCAUGAUGAUCUUCCUGCUCUGCCACUGGAACGGCUGCAUCCAGUACUUUGUUCCCAUGCUGGAGGAGUUCCCCUCGGACUGUUGGGUCCGCAAGGAGAACCUCAUGAACGCCACGGUCAGCGUUAAAUACUCCUGGGGGGUUUUCCGCGCGCUGUCUCAGAUGAUCGCCCUCUCCUACGGCUCCAUGGACGCCCCCACUAACUAUGUGGAGAUGUGGAUCGUGAUGGUUAGCAUGAUCUCAGGCUGCAUGAUGUACACAGUGCUGGUAGCUAACGCUACCACCAUGAUAGCCAACACCGACCCAACCGCCAAGGAGUACAAAAGCAAGAUGUGUCGCCUGGAGCACUACAUGACCUUUAUGAAGCUCCCUCCUGAGCUGCAGCUGAGAAUCAGUAGCUACUACCAGGCACGCUAUGGUGGGAAGUGGUUCGAUGAGAAUGACAUCAUGGAUACCGUUUCCACCGCACUGAAAGAGCAAAUCCUGCUGUCCAUGUGCAGCAAGCUUCUGCAAAAGGUGCCCAUGUUCGAGGACCUGGACAAGAACUUCAUGAACGCCGUGCUGGUGAAGCUGAGGUACGAGGUGUUCCAGGAGGGAGACGUGAUCUUCAGGCUGAACUCCCCUGGAGACCGCAUGUAUCUGAUCGACCACGGGCAGGUCAGCGUGGAGACAGACUCCGUGGAGAGGGAGCUCUGCGAUGGGGACUACUUUGGAGAGGUGUACGUGCUGGCCAAAGGGAGACAUGUAGCCACGGCGAAGGCCCUGACUGACUGCCAGUGCUUCACUCUCUCCUGGCUUGGAUUCCAGCAGGCCCUGCAGGGCUUCCCUGCCGUCCGCAAACACCUGGAGAAAGUCCCUGGCACAGAGCCCGGGGCGUGCUCCCUCUGAGCCCUCACCACGACCGGCACGACUCUCCCCGGUCGGCUACAGGAGCCAGGCUGGUGGAUAUGCUGUAUCUAGGCAUGGCCUAUACUGUACUGUACAUGUACGCUGACAUUUAUAAAACACACACAAUGUCUAUAAAGUCUAUACUACGCUGUAUCUAUACACUGCAGUUUAUAAAGUCCAUACGUUUAUAACUCCUAUAUACACUGAAUAUUGUUUUUUUUACAUUAGUUAUAAAGUACGGAUACACUGACCAAUGGUUUUAUACAAGACUUGCAAUAUUCUGUAUGAGUGGUAAGGGACAGGACACUGCUGAAAGUAUUAGUGCAGUUCUGGAGAAUGUUUUCUUUUUUAUGUGAAUAGAUCCAUGUUUCUGCCUGGAUUAAUAUCAAGAUUAUUUUAGCAAUAAUAACUUUCCCUUUACAGAGGGUUACCCUAUACACGUCCUCUUAAACUCUUCGACGGUUAACUCCUCGAUCAUUACCUUAAUAUGUUCUGUGUACAUUAUACGAUGCAAUACGAUGCAAUAAAUACAUGCCAAUGUUUUUCCUUGUUUUUGAAAUGGGACGUUUAUUUUGAAAGUAUGAUUUAUUUUGAAGUGAAAUGACAAGUAAUUUGUUUGCCACUGUGAAAGAAAAAGCAAUAAAGCAGACAAGCUGCA